AUAUAGUAUAGUAUGUCAUUAACAAAAUCAUAAAAAUGUCUUAGUAUAGUAUGCCAUAAAAAUGUCACCAAAGGGUCCUAGUAUAGUAUAUCAUAAAAACAUGUUAGAGGAUGGUUUGUAUUUUCAGAAAAAGUCGUAGUCUAGUGUCAUAUGCCACACUAUACUAUGACUGAUGUUUAGAAAAAAUAAAUCACAUUAGAGUAUGUCAUAAAAAUGUCACCAAAAGGUUUUAGUUUAGUAUGUCAUAAAAAUGUUCAAUAAAAGAUGUAAUAUAGUUUGUCAUAAGAACUUUCAUAAAAGAUGUAUCAAGAUGUCUUCAAAAAAUGUCACUAAACUAUGACUUUUUUGUAUGUCAUAAAAGAAGCCGAAAAAGUUGGUGCAUCAUACAGUUUUUACAAAAAAGUCAUGGUAUAUUUUGCCUUAAAAAUGCUUCAGGUCUUUUAUUAAACUACAGAAUAUGAAGCUCAAAUAACGUAGGCACUAACAAUUAGCUGAUAUUAGUUGAGCAACAAGAAAUUAGUGAAAAAUUCUGCCACAAAAAACUCAAAGAAAAGUCAUAAAUGUCAUAAUGUCAUAGUGCAGUACGUUAUAAAAAAGGCCCAUAGUACAGUGUCAUAGUACAGUAUAUGCUGAUGCAGAUCACAUUAAUGGAGACUGCUGACAAAGUUUUUUAAAUAUUUGAAUAAACUCUGGCCUAUGCUGAUGUGCAUUGUUUUGAUGAAACAUUAAUUCCAAUAAUUGAAAGAAAAAGUCACUUAAUUAAAAAUAAAAAAUAAAAUCAUUAAUUGUAGCCCUAUAAUAUUCAAAGGUAGUAUUUUACAGGACAGACAAUUCUUGUUUUUACAUGUUUAUCAAAUAAUUGCAUUAAGAGUUUGUUGAGGAGUUUGGUUUCUAAACCAAGCAGUCUUUGUUGCCUUUCAGCCCAAGUUGAUGGAUGAAGGACAAGCUUGCUUUCCUCUCCUGUUCUGUUUACAUCCACGUUGUACUAAGUUUCAGACAAAAGCUCGGUCUCCCCUUGUUCUUCCUGACAGGACAUCUGUCUCCAUUAGAGAGUACUAUUGAUGUGCUUCUGUAUCAGCCUGUCUUCCACCGUCUUUUAGCAGUUGAAGGGAGGAAUCCCAUUGUUCUCCACAAUGAACCACAUUGUACACAUCUGACAGACUGUAGUAUUGCUUUCUCCUGGCACAUGUUCAUUUACAGAAUUUUUUUUAACCCUACUUAGGUAUUUCAUAUGCAUUAAAAUAUGCAAUUCUUCUUAUUUAUUACGGAUGCAGAAGACUGGAAGUUGCCACAUAUUCCAGCAUCUGACAACGUGAGGCCACAUAUGAAUUCAUGAUGCGCUGACAGUCGGCAUGAUCUGGAAAAGGGCUUGCCAAGAUUUGAUCCCAGAUGCUUUCCUUGAAAACAACCUCUUUAGCAGUACUGCUUUUUAGAGUGACAAUGCACUUCGUAUAAUGUGAGAAAAUGUUGGGUUCUAUUCCACUAACCUUGAAAAGCAAGGACCAAACUCAAUGAUUCUCAGCUUGACUUCCAAGCAUAAGGACGACAUGGGCUUUCUCAUGAAUAAUAACAAACUUAAACAAAUAUUCUCAUUAAAGUCAAAACGAAUAAGCCCUAUGCCGUGGCUUGUAUCUUUUUUUAAUUUUUUUUAAAAAAACAAGCAAACAAGUGCUCCCCACAAAUUAAGUCGACUCGUCUGCACUGUUGAGUAUUGACUCAAGCUUCAAAGCUUCCUUUGAGGUUGUGUUAGCCUCGGAAAAAAUAUUACAGAGGGCUUCUAUUCCAAAUUGAGAGGCCAGUGUCUGUAUAUACCGCCCAGUGGAUGGUGUUCAGUAGCUCCAAGUUCAUUCGUCUCCACAAAGGCACAAUGGUCAUGGGGUUUGGAAAGACAUGAUAGAUGAGCAUUAAACGGCCUGAUCAAAGCUCCUCCUCCCAUUUCUGAGCUGUGAGCAGAAACAUAUGACUGGCUGUCAGAAAUGCACAUGGUGAUGAUCAUCAGCUUCUCGUGCGCUACACUGCUGAGGCUAUGAGUCACUUUUGGGACGUCGAAAUUAGGCUAACUUUACCACGGCAUCAAUCAUAAACGAGAACUUCUCGGUGCCCUUUUGUUUCCUUGAGGUAGACUCUGGCUUGGGAUAUGUUUUGAAGUGUGGUACUGCGAUAAUUCGUCAUCCUGGGUUAGCAUCUGAACCUCUCUCAGUAAGUAUCUUUUAGUGAUAUGCGGUCAAAAGAUGUCUAGUCAAGGUUAAAACUACCCUCAUUUGGUGCAAUAGUGGAUAUUUGUAGGAUGUCUGUUAUAUAAAGAAAAACUUUUCAUUUAAAUAACUAUUUUAGUUUAAGUAGGUCCUAACUACAUGUUAAUAAUCAAACAGUCAACUGACAGAAAAUGAAGAAUUUGAUAAUUGCCUAAUCAUUUUAACUAAUUUAUGCAGGAAAAAGACAUGCCUCUCAAAUGUGAGAAUUUGGUGUGUUCUCUUUUUUAAUAUCAUACAUUUAAUAUUUGGGGUUUUUGAGAUGUUAGUCGAAAAAACAAGUACAUUUAUAGAUGUUGCCUUAGGCUCUCAGAAAUUGUGAUGGGCUUUUUGCACAUUUUGUUAAGGCCCUGCGCUUACUGGGCUUUCAUGCACAAAUUAUUCACAGCUUGCUAUAUGGUCAGUGUGCUUUCUGCAACUAUAGCAUAGCAUAUACUGUAGUUGACCCUACCCAGCAGCUUGUUACGUUGUGGCCACUGUAACUGUAACAUGUUCCAAGCAUCUUUUAAUAACUAGUGUUGAAGAGCUACCUGUCAUGUAUAGGUUCAGCUCGACCAGUCAAUUGCAGCUUUUCCCCUGCAUUCUAAAUUAUUUCCCUCUCUAUACCGGUGUCUUUGAUGUCGACUCUUGAGAGGUAACUCACUGCUGGAGACCACUGGAUCCUCUGCUAAUGAUCUCUACCCGGGCUGGGGUUACUGCUUUCAUGUCUUGCGUAACAGUUGCAUUCUUCUCUUUAGAUAUCAGUUGUACAUGGUGUUCUUUUUCAGUAUAAUGGAUCAUGUGUUUCCUCACAGGAACACUAGGGGGAUGUGUGUUGUUGUGAUUGAGGAGACCUUCAAAAAAAAAUAAACACUUGAACCCUUAUGGUGAUGGAUGUUCUUUUCAGUGUUGUUGUAGUUUAAAAAAAAAACUGCCUCAGGCUGAUCCUAAUGCUGUAUACAGCCGACAUCUUGUUUAAUGGUAAAAUCAGCUUCAAUACGAUGUAUGCACAGUUUGUAUUUAUAGUGUACAGUUCUGGAAAUAAAGUUUCAAUGAGCAGAGAGAUGCUGUUGAUUCUACAUCUAGAUGCAUAAUUGUGGGACCCCUGUAUGUUAAUUGGGAGUUUAAUCAUGAGAGACAAGAAAGCAUUUUGGCUGUCAACAUUCCUGCAGUUGCUGACAGACAUUUUCAUUUUGUGGUCCAAUUCAUUGAAUGUCAGGCAUUAUUUUUACAUUCUCAACCUGGCCAGGGAAAGUCAUGCUACUGUUGCCUACUAAUUUUACUCUGCCAUGACUUCCUAUAUUGAAAUUAUCAUCGUUUAUGCAUUUGUUUCAAUCCCUAGUGUUGUUGAUUGUAUCCCUCAGUAUGUCCUUUUUAAAUUAAUACAUUAUGCAAUGUAUUUUAACAUCACAUGUUGAAUGUCGUCUUUUGGUCCAUUCAGAAUUGCUAUAAUGAACCACUUAUUAACUGACCUUUACUUAAUGUUAUUCUGAGGAGCCGCGCUGUGAUUCAUCCUGUUAGGUGCAAGAUAUUCAGGGUCCACAGCCUUGAGAAAGUGUCAAACCCAUCUGAUUUUUGAUGGUAAAGGCCUCGCAUCUGAAAGAAGAAGAAGAAUGUAUGUGACUGAUUUUCAUGCAGUAACCUAAAAUGGCAAGUUUUAAUUUUAGCCAAAGAAUAAUUUGAAAUAUGAUUUUUUUUCUCAUUCUCUUAUCAGUAUUUAGGCAUCCAGUGAUGCUCAAAACUCAGUUUGGUGCAACCAAUCUACUUUUUGAAUGAGGCUGUUUCUGUUGAAGAUGAAGCUCAGCUCAUCACCUGUCCAACACUGUCCCUGAUGUGAAGCAUGGCGGGAGCAUGGGAGCUAGGGCACAUGCAAAUAAAGGGCGGAGUAAGUGAACCUAGACUUUAAUCGCAUUGGAACAACUAUGGAAUUACUGUAGAAUAAUUGUUAAGAGGCCUCCUGACUAACUUGAGCCAGCUUGAGCAAAUCAAGUCUUGCGAACAUGAAAAAGUCAGCUUUUGUAUUUUUCUUAAAGUGUUACUAUUAAUCCGAAUAAAAUGAAAACAAUAUUAUAACUUGGAACAAAAAUAUUUACAGUAAACCAGAUUAUUGGCAUGUUGUGAGGAGUCACACUUGGUGAAUUUGCAUAUCCUGGGAAAUGGAUUGCUGUCAUUCCUCCACCUUCAACAGUUUUUUUUGUUUUUCGUUCACUAUGGCUGAAGGUGAUUGGCAAGUGAUUGCAGUUGGUUGUGACACCUGGACAGCAUCAGCAGUCUUAAAUGUUACCGUGGAUCUGUAAACGUAAUCUCACCUGCCAAAUUGCUCCGGCAGUAUUGAAUGGCCUGUCAAUGUAUUGGAUGUCCUGUUCAAUCUGCUCCUAAAUUGAGUGUAGGUAGCACUGGGUUUAACAGCCUUGUGUCUGUGAUGAGAAAGCAGCAGAGUAUUUUGUUUAGCUGAGCUCCAUGCAAGCAAUCUACAUUUCUGAAAUUCCUGUGGUGAGAGCAGACGUGGAUUCAGCAUUAGCCCACAUUUCACUGAUAGACGCAUUUAUUGCGCUGCUGCCUGAUCCGGUAGCGAGGACACGAACAGAUAAGAUGAUCUCAACUCAUGUAACAUUUAUGUAUUUAAGUUACACCGAUGAUAAAUCAGCGAUUUACCACUAUCAAAACACACCAUCCAGGAACUACAUCAAUAUAUUUUUUGACACUUUUAAGUAGAUUGUGAGUACAAAUGAUAAUCUCUCAACAUCAUGUCUUCAGACUGUAUUGUGUGCUUUCAAGUCUUUUGUUGUCAUUGGAUCUCCUCCCAACAGACUGUCCACUAAUUGAAAUAGAGAAAUUGGCCCUGUGUGUUGAAUUUGAAGCAAAAUUGGCACAGAACCAUCAAUGAAAAUUUCUGUUAUCCUGGAAGAUUACCUGCAUGAAAUCAAGCUCAGCGAGUUGAUAAGAGCACAGGUUAUUAUGUCUGGUUGCUUCUGCAUACCAGACAUUCCUGUCUUUACUAAGAAACCCCAGUGGUUACAUUUAAUAUCAGGGUCACAACCUUGGCAGGACAUUAAAAUGCACUGAGAGGAAGUCAGCCUGACCACGAUGCUGAGUGCUUUUUUAUUUUGGUCAUAGUCAUCGCAAAGUCAAGACACGGCAAUUCAACCCUCCAAUCUCUGGACUCCUUUCAGACGGACUAUAAGCUCGGUGCUCUCUCUGUCUCUCCUCUGCAUGGUUGUCAUGGUGUCCACACACCCUUGACUAGCUCGGAGCAUGUUGUACUUUCAAGUGUGCAUGCAAAGCUGCUUCUGGAGCACAUGAUGCGGGGCUGCAGCUGAACAGUCGUCGCUGUGCCCUCAAUCCAAACAUCCUCCCCUUCCUCUCUCCCCUGUUCCCUCUGCCGGUUCCAUCAUCUCAAAAUGAAUCCGGCACCGCUGUCACUGCUGACGUGAUUGCCACACGACAUCCGUGGUGCUAUGACAACAGCAAGUCCAGCCUUUCUCUCAUUCACGGGUCCAUUUGGGGGCUGUCACUGAAUGAUCCAAAUUAUGCACCGCAACACAUUAAGAUGGGAACCUUUUAGCCCUUGUUGCCUUUGAGGUGAAAGGAACAUGGGUUUCAUUUUCCAGAGUACUGUCAUUACAAAUCCUGCUCUUUUAAACCACAAAGGAAAAAGAUAAAAGAAAGAUUAUUUUCUGUCUAAGCCAAAAAAUUAGGCAACAUUUAUAUUUAAGGUUUAAGUAACCCUUCUGAUCCAGACUGAGAAAUGCAGGCCCAACGCUGACAGUUGUUGAUCUAAUCAGCUUUUUUGUACAAUCAAAAGGCUGCAACAUUUAGUGUAAAUAUAAAGCUUCUCAUAGUGGUGCGAGGGGCAAUCACAGAGGAGACAAGGGAGGGAACACGCAUUCCUGCUAGCAGUAGGUUUGUAGUUUCGGGGGUGGAAUUAUAGAAUGAAGGAGGGAGCAAGAAGGGAGGGAGGGGGCGAAGAGUGUGAAAGAGUCAGAGAAGGGGGGGGGGGUUUACAAACAGUCACCUCCCUCCCUCAGUUCUUCAACCCAUCCUUGCAUAGUCAGUCUGCUGUGGACUUGCAGGAGGGGUAUCAAUAAUCUUGUCAUGUGAGGCUUGAAAUUGUCCCCUUAGUGAUGCUUGGGAUUUCUCCUGUGGCUUCUGUGGAGAAGCAGAAGUGACCAUUUCUGGUUGCACACAGUAAGAGCUUUAUGGAUCGUACCAGCAACUGAAGGACCAAACUGUCCGUAGAUCCAGUGACAAACAAAAUGCCAGAAAAUUCAACACGAUCCUGCAGCCUCUGAAUCAUGGGAAAUGUUGAGAGCCAGAAUGGGGACCAUACCCUUUACCGUAACGAUCAUGGCUAUUUGUCACGUAAGCACAUGUCUCGGUCUCUUCGCAUCUCCAACAAACAGUCCAGACGCUCUCGACAUGCUUCAUCAGGGAAACUAGAGCACAGGAAUUCUGAAACGAGCACACGCUCAAGUAGCACCCCCAGUAUCCCACAAUCCCUGGCUGACAAUGGCCUGGAGCCCUUCAAUGAAACGAAUAUCCUCCCAGACUUUGGAAGCCCCAUUUGGGUGGACCGUGUGGCCAUGAACCUGCGGCCUGUGUCCUUUCACAAUGACCUGGCCAAUCCCUCUGUGCACAUGAAUACGAUGCACAUAACCCUACCUGGACCCACAGCAGAGGAGGUGCAGGAUGAAGACGCGUACACAGGCGAGGUAACAUACCUUCAGAAAACUCGGGAUUGCUCCAAGGACUCUGUCGGCUUCAAGAAAAAGAGGUCCAAGUCUGCAGACAUGUGGCGAGAUGACAGCCUGGAGUUCUCACUGUCUGACCUCAGCCAAGAGCACCUGACAAGCACAGAGGAGAUUAUAGACACGACCAACGAGAGGGACUUUACUGACUGCAAAGGACACCUGCAGUCCAGCCCCACGGACUCUGCUGACAGGGCAAACUCCCUGGACGAGCUAUACAGCCAGAAGUGCCCUGCCCGCAGGCAACCCCACGGUCGCUAUGCCAAGUGGCAUGACUCCAACAGGGCUAUCAGAGAGGGUGAGGACGAUAAGAUGAUCUCCCCAUCAGAGGAGGAUGGGAACACCUAUGGUGCAUACACCCUCCCCUGCCGGCGUUCCCACUGCCUUUCUGAAGGCCUGAGCAGCCACCAAGCUGCCAUGUGUGCCAGUAUGCAGGGCAGGAGGGCACAGACUAUACAGGAUGUCACUGCCGGAGAGGGAAGUGAGUACGAGGACAGCGGCAUCGAUGGGGUGACUGUGGAGGCAGAGCAACACUCCAGACGCUACAAGACCAUGUCAGCCUCCUUCUCCGUGUACUCGGCGGCAGGCAGGAGCAUGUUCGCUGGCAGCGACAGUGGCAGCAGCAGUGGCGGUGGGGCCAGCGAGUGUGUACAGGGCGUGUACGAGAACUUUCGCCAAGAACUGGAGAUGAGCUCCUGCCAGACGGAGAGUUUGGAGGAGGCAGGGUCCGCCCUGAGUGACGAGCAGAGUACCAUGAGCUCCACCUACCAGUCUGACCCGUUGCUCAGCGUCACCCAGGGGAUGGUGCGUAAAGCUGGCAGGCUUGCCGUCAAGAACUUCCUCGUACAUAAGAAGAACAAGAAAGUGGAGUCAGCCACAAGGCGCAAGUGGAAGAGUUACUGGGUUUCCCUGAAAGGUUGCACUCUAUUCUUCUAUGAGACCGAUGGCCGCUCAGGGAUCGACAACAACAGUAUUCCCAAGCAUGCCAUCUGGGUGGAGAACAGUAUUCUCCAGGCUGUACCCGAGCAUCCCAAAAAGGACUUUGUGUUCUGUCUCAGCAACUCCCUGGGAGACGCUUUUCUGUUUCAGACCUGCAGCCAGACAGAGCUGGAGAAUUGGAUCACAGCCAUCCACUCGGCAUGUGCCACUGCCGUCGCCCGCCUGCAUCACAGAGAGGACACGGUGCGCCUGCUUCGCGCAGAGAUCAAGAAGCUGGAGCAGAAGAUAGACAUGGACGAGAAGAUGAAGAAGAUGGGAGACAUGCAGCUGUCAGCUGUUACUGACACCAAGAAGAGGAAGACAAUCCUGGAUCAAAUCUUCCUGUGGGAGCAGAACCUAGAGCAGUUUCACAUGGAUCUAUUCCGCUUCAGGUGCUACCUGGCCAGUCUGCAAGGUGGAGAGCUGCCCAACCCCAAACGCCUCCUGGCUGUUGCCUCUCGUCCCACCAAGCUGGCAAUGGGCCGACUGGGGAUAUUCUCUGUGUCUUCCUUCCAUGCACUGGUGGCAGCUCGCUCAGAGAACGGAGUGAGACGGCGAACACAGGCAAUGUCUCGUUCCUGCAGCAAGCGCAAGAGCAGGUUCUCCUCGCUCUGGGGUCUGGACACUACCUCAAAGAAAAAAACAAAAGCCCAUCCCAGUAUCAACCAGCAGGUCUUUGCUGAUGGCGAAGAGCUAGUGAAAAAGCCUGUUGAUGGCGUAUUUGUUGAUCCCACCAAGGACAAUACAAAAAGUGAGGAUGGAACUGUGAAAAGCCUUCCACAGCCCAGCACGGAAAGUGAUAUCUGGGUCCCUGACCACCUCACCCCCUCUUGGGUGUGUCUGCCAAAUGACCAGCCAGUGCUAACCAUCAUCCAGCCAGGGGAGUCAGCACUGUGCGUUCUGGAAACCAUCUGCAAGGCUCACCAGCUCGAUCCCACCAAGCACUACUUGCGACUCAAAUUCCUUAUCGAAAACCAAGUGCAAUUCUACAUUCCUAAACCAGAAGAGGAUGUGUGCGACUUGCUUUACAAAGAAAUUGAGCUCUGCUCCAAAAUUACAAAAGUAAUCCAGUUUGACAGAGAUGAAUCCUGCAUGAUCGGUUACGGUUUCUCCAUUUCAGUGGUGGAGGAGGACGGAGUGCAGCAGCUCUACAUCACUGAUGUGAAGGCGGGCGGAUUAGCCUUCGCCAAAGGUCUCAAUGCAGGGGAUGAAAUACUUCAGUUGAACGGAAAAGACUCUCACAGUCUCAACUUCUCCGACAUGAAGGUAGCUUUCUCUCAAGCCUCGCUGGCUUUGACAGUCAACACCCUGCCUCCUGUGGAGCGCCGUCAGCUCUGCUAUCUGCCCCCACGGCGCUCAGAUGCGGAGGAGGAUCUAUACACGGACAUCUUCUCCCAGAGUCAAGAGGAGAUUCUGGACGACGGAGUGGGACUGCUGCUCGAGAGCUCAGGAGACAGCCUGGACGACGACUCUGAGAUCUUCAGUGAGUUUCAGUGCAGAAAGAGUACAGAACAAGUCGCUGCUUUCUGCCGCAGUCUCCAUGACAUGAAUCCCACGGAGUGUGUGUCCUCUUCGCCUAGCCCAGAUUCGCCCUUCCCACCACCUGCAACGCUCCGACAGCUCUCCGAUGCUGACAAGCUCCGCAAAGUCAUCUGUGAACUCGUGGAGACUGAACGCACCUAUGUCAAAGAUCUCAAUUGCCUCAUCGGGAGAUAUUUAACCCCACUACAGAAAGAGACCUUCCUCACGCAGGAUGAGCUGGAUGUACUAUUUGGGAACUUGCUAGAAAUGGUGGAGUUUCAGCUCGAGUUUCUCAAGACCCUGGAAGACGGGACCAGACUUGUUCCUGAUCUAGAGAAAUUGGAGAGAGUGGAUCAGUUUAAGAAAAUCCUCUUCUCCCUGGGAGGCUCUUUCCUGUACUAUGCAGACCGUUUUAAAAUCUACAGUGCUUUCUGCGCCAGCCACACCAAAGUCCCUAAGGUCCUUGUAAAGGCCAAAACCGAUCCUGAUUUCAAGGCCUUCCUGGAGGAGCGCAACCCGAAGCAGCAGCACUCUUCCACCCUGGAGUCAUACCUGAUCAAACCCAUCCAGAGGGUGCUGAAGUAUCCCCUCCUGCUGAAGGAGCUCUACUCGCUCACAGACCCAGACAGUGAGGAGCACUACCACCUGGAUGUUGCCAUGAAAGCCAUGAACAAAGUUGCCAGCCACAUCAAUGAGAUGCAGAAGAUCCACGAGGAGUUCGGAGCAGUGUUUGAUCUGCUCAUCACUGAGCAGAGUGGUGAAAAGAAAGAGGUGGCUGAUCUUUCUAUGGGGGAUCUGCUACUCCACACCAGUGUGACAUGGAUCAACCCCCCUGCCUCCUUAGGAAAAUGGAAGAAAGAGCCCCAGAUGGCCACAUUUGUGUUCAAAAUGGCAGUGGUCUUUGUAUGCAAGGAGGGAUCCAAGCAGAAAAAGAAAAUGGGUGGCUCCCAUCGAGUCUCUGUAUCUUCAGAAGAAAAGGAUCCCUUCAGAUAUCGUCACAUGAUCCCAACUGAUGCCCUUCAAGUCAGAUCCUUGGCCAACGCAGAUGGUGACGGCUCGGCUGUGUGUGAGAUUGUCCACACAAAGUCGGAGUCAGAGGGAAGGCCAGAGAGGACGUUUCAGCUGUGCUGUAGUUCUCCAGAGAGUAGAAAAGACUUUCUGAAGACGGUACAUUCCAUCUUGAGGGAAAAGCACCGCAGGCAGCUCCUAAAAACGGAGAGUUUACCCCUCAACCAACAGUAUGUGCCCUUCGGUGGAAAGCGCCUCUCUGCCCUGAAGGGAGCCCGUCCAGCCAUAAAUAGAGCAGCAUCUGCACCAACCAGGACUCUAGGCAGGAGGAAGUUAGUGCGCAACCGUUUCACUAUAGACACCGAUAUUGUUUUUGACGGCGAGCCCGGACAGGACCUCGCUUCACCACAGGAGCCUGACUCAAAUCAGCUGCAGCGGGACAACGAACCAGAUAAGCUCCAGCAGCCUGAGUUAGCAGGUGACACAGACCGCUGGGUGGAAGAACAGUUCGACCUAGAAGAAUAUGAGGACCCGGAAGUGGUGAAGGAGACAGACAUCCUUAGUGAUGACGAUGACGAGUUCUGCCAGACACCCAGAGCGUCGUCCGCUGAGGUCGACCUGGAGGUCCCCGUCAUGGCUUUGUCCUUGGAGAGUGAGGAAACCAAUGAGGGCGAGAGCCUUAAGUCCGCAAAGGCCAGUGGGACACCUGAUGAUGUGACGCUGUCCAACACAGACGAGCAGAGCGCCGUGAUCGAUGCCAACGUGGAGGAUCAAAAGCAAACGGAGAAGGAUGCGAUUUGGGUAAGAAGGCAGCAGUCGGGUUCGUCCCCAGACUGUGGCACAUAAAAGCUGAAGAGGACCGGCAGACAGCUUUACAUGGGCUCCAUAAAGAUCAGUCUUCAGGCUUCACAAACAAUGCAUGGGCAUUGACGUCGAUUGCACAGCUAGUAGAAGUUGUAUCCUUACUUUUGCUGAAUGCUUUUUGUACAGGUAAAACCAUCAGUGGAGCAAUACAGGAAUCAAGAACGAAGGGAGCUUUAUCCCAAAUCAAAUGCUGGUACAUAGAAGUCAAGUGUAAGCUUUCAGAGAUGAACUAAUGGUACAAUCAUGGAAUCUAAUCAGUUGCUUUGAUUGGCAUGGUUUGCACAUUUGGGCAGCAUAAUAUAGUCCUGCCUGCUGUUGCCAAAUUGUGAGAACAUUGAUAUUUGUUUUGUUUGUGUGACUCAGCGAUAUUAUCAUAGUUAAGGGCUGUAUAUUAUUUGUCCUUAAAGAAAUAGAAUAACUGCAAUGGACAGUGUUGUCUUGCAUAGUUUACUGUACUUGUACAUUUUCACAUGACUAUACACUGACAUGUUUUGGUAACAGUUUUGUUAUGUUAAGAGUUAUGUAAAAUUUUUGAUUUUGAUCUCUUGUUUUACAGACAAAGCUAUCUUUUUAGCUUGGGAAAUAUUUUGUUUGUUCUCUUGUUACAUUUAAUAGUGGAAUUAUGUAAUAGCCCCUAUUGCACAGAGGCUAGGGGGAUUUUUAAAUAAGUUGUAACUUAACAUAAUCCUGUUUUACUUGAAUUUGCUGUUUCAUGUUUAUGUUUUACUGUGAAACCAUUUUCUUGUAUUUUUCCUUUUUACUCUUCAGUAUUGCCAUUUAAAGAAUGCUAAAUGUUACAUUUCAUUCUCAGCGUGCACACUCUGUAGAGGAUUUGCACACCAGUUAUUAUAAAAAGGUAUUGUGUGUUCAACAACACUGUUCACUAGUAAUGGAUCACAAAGCAAUGUUUUUGUUUAAAUUAUUCAUAUGUAAAUUAAUAUGUUAGCAAAAAACAUAAGUAAUAUUUUUUUCACAAAGAAAGUCCAAAUUUGCUCAAGCAAUCAAGGGGAAAGACUUACAGUAUGCCUGAACAGUGAAAGACGUCAUACUUGUAAACAAUUCAUUGUGCUACUAAGACUGCAUUUUUAUUACUGUGUAUAUAGAAAAAUGUAUUGAUAUCACAAUAAAUACAGUUGUUUCCUACUUCUCUGUAGUAACUCAUAGUUCGUGUUUUUCCUAAACAGCCUAACUCAUUUCCUGCAGCUCUUUAGACAUCUUCCCUGAAAAAUCUACACAAACAUUAAGGAAUGUCUAAUCUGUGUAGUUUUCACUUCAGGCAUAUGCUCUCGCUUGAAAAUAAAGUCGUGUGCAUGCAUAUAUCAGCUUAGAAAUAUGAAGACUAAAGUAAAGUUAUCUUGAGAAAUGGGAAAUCCUGUGGUGUACACAAUAAAGGUUAAAGUGAACACAUUGGGCUGAAUAAGAAAACGAGGAGCCAUGCUCAUGGAGUUCCACUCCACUUCUGGAGAAUAUUUUUUUGUAUUGAGCAACUAUUGUAUAUUAAGUGUCUUUCAGUGAGUGUUGGUGAGGGUCGGUUUGUAAUUUCCACGGCUCUUUUUUGUCUAGAAAAAUCAUCUUGAUUUUUGAGAGAUGAAAUGCAGGUUCAUCUGUCAUAAACUCUGCUAAACGAAUUUAAAUAAAUAAAAGUAAAAUCAUGCCAAUCGCAGAAAAAUUGCAUUAGCAAAGAUGAACAGUGGUCAAAAGUAGACCCUGCAGCACUGACUGAAAGACGCAGUUACUGGGAUAUUUGCUCCACAACCCUACAAAUAUCAACUGAAAUCAGGAUCCCUGACGACAAACAACAAACAUGAGCUUCACCAAAAUGGCAUUUACUGGAGGGCUAUUGUGUUGUGUUCUGUAAAGUGUCCACCACCCCCUGUUUGUUUGAAUGGCAUUAGACAAUUGAGCAGUUGAUGAUGAAGGGAGAUGACAUCUUUCUACAGGUGGCACAUCCAGGGCUUAGCAGCGGAACUGCAUUUUGAACAACAAUAAAGCUCUUGCAGACGUUCAGUGUUAGGCAGGUAUGUAUGAAAAAGAGCAAGACAAUAACAACAAAACAUUGCAUCACUUACACCCUCCUAAUUAAAAGAUUGAUUUAGGCAGCCUGUUAAGUACAGGUGAUGCGACAUUAUGCAGGGAAUUUUGUUUGUUUACAUCCCUCAUUUAAGUUUGUUAUUUUGAGUUGUAGACUAGAUGCAUGUCUUCCUCACUCCUUCAGCUGUAGUUACAUUUUCAACCUCCUAUUAUGGCAAAGACCAAUUUCAUCAGCAAUUUAUAGCUGUACAUGAGGUAGGCAUGGCUGCACAUGCCUUAGACACUAUGAGCUAUGGCUCCCACAGACCAAUUUCCUCUUUUCGUUUUCUGUCUUUGAGUUCUGUGGACAUCCUGUCACCCAGGCUCAUUCCCCUCCACCAGCCCCCUCACUCUUGUCAAUCACCACCCUCACCACAAAAGCUGAGGCUCUUCCUCAGAUAAAGAGGAAAGAUCACUUCACUGUGCUGUAGUUUCGGCAGCAGUGCUGAA